AAAAGCUUCUUUUCAGGGUUAUUAAAAGCCUGUGUUGGUAUAAUUCUGCCAUGUGUUGGCUUAAUGGGAAUGGAAUAUAUACUAAAGAUACCACGAAAGCUGGACCAGUACUAUGAAGGUUCUUUGAGAGGUCGACCUGUGGUUUAUGAUAAGGAGGGGUGGCCUGUUCAUCCAGACACCAAAAAGAGAACUGUACGUCUUGUGAGCAAGCCAAUGGAGUUGAUAUUAAACUUGAUAAUGUUUAUAAUCUUACCGUGUAUACUGUUAUGGGAAGCAGUAAUGCAAAUGAUAAAUAAAUGUAAAACAGAAGAAAAAUUUCGAGGAAAGUACCAAAACACGAAGAAAUGUUUCAGCAGUAAAGAUAUGCAGAACGUGGAGCCAAGAUGGCGGAGGCGUAAGGGUGACAUGAGGAAAUGGAUGACACCUCAGGCCGAAGCUCUCAGUGCAGACAUUUGGGACUACGGUCUAUCUCCAACAGGCGAGAAAAAAUGCGAUUGUAGACAAGCACUCCUCAACGACAUCACCAGGAACGAGCUGAAACAGCAAAUACUCCACGAUUCCGAACAAGACGACACUGCUUAUGUCUUAACACAAAUACAGAAGAGCAAAGAGUCCUUAAAACAUUAGCUUUGUUCUUUCAAAUAAAUAUC